AGCAUGCAAAAUGAAAUAAAUCGUAGAUUUGAUAUUGUAAAAACUAUUUGUUAUCAACCAACUUUAUUAAAAAAGUCAGAUGAAAUUUACUUCCAAGACGAGCAUUCCUGUCAUAUGCCUGCUCAUUUGUACAGAAUGAAAGCUUUGGAUUCAGUACCUAUUCUAGAUGCUGCAAUUCUGUCAGCUGACCCUACACGAACUAGGUCAUUUAACCAAGACUACAGAGUAUACUUAGUACGUCUUGCCCAAAGUGGUGUUCUGGGUCAAAUAGAAAUUGCUACAAUUCAUAGAUAUGCUGAUAUGUAUGAACUAGCAAGGCAUGGACCAGGAGAUUUCACUCAAGAGCAUUUUGUACAGUUUAUGGGUCUAAUGUCACAAAUACAGCAAAGCAUAUCAACGAGGUCCUGUACCAGCAGGCAGCCGAGCACAAAUAAAAAUAUUUCAUCCACAGCACACUCUGCUGAAUCAUCCAGACAUUUCACAAAUGGUAAAGUCCCAGCUGUGCCUAGCUGUUUACAGGUUCAGCCUUCUCCUGAAGAUAAAAAAGCCACAUAUGAGACAUCUGUUUAGCAAGGAUGACUUAACUGUUUUCUCUAUCCUGUGGUUUUAUAUUUCUUGGUUGUGAUAACAUUCCUAAUUUUUAGGAAUAAAUUUGUUAUUUAUUUGUAAAUAAUAAUUAACGGAAACUGUAAUAUAGUUUUAAAUUCAGUCAUGUUUAAAUGGCUUGCAAUUAUAUCUUUAUUCACAUUCUUGUACUGGUUUAAAAAGUAAAUUUUAAAAAGGGAAAAAAGUUUAUUUAAAAUAAAGGGUGCUGCAGAAAAUACCAAGUAUAUGUAUAUUAAGCAGAAGUAUAUGGUAGAAUACCAGCUGUAUGUAGGAAAGCACUUGAGCAUAAAAGAAAAUUAUUAAUUAUGUUCUUUAAGGAUGAGGUACAAUAAAAAGUAACCUACUUAUAAGUAAAGAUGCAGUAUUUUUAUUGGAGGAGAAUCUCAUUAAGUUAUUUAAUUAUAUUUCAUAUUUAUCAAUUAAAAAUUUUUUAAUUGAAAUUUUUUAAAUAUAUGGGAAACAUAAUAUCAAUGCAUCAUCCUAUUCCGAAGAUGAUAAUUAUGGCAGCAUUUGUUAUAUAAUUGAGGUGAAUAAGUUUAAUAUUAAGUUUUAAUUUAUUAGUGCUUAUCCUAUGUAAAUACAUAUAAAUUUUAUUUGGCAAUGAAAAAUAAAUUGCCGUUUCAGUAUUGAUAUUAAAUAUUUCUUCUGAAGUAUUUUAAAAUUAUAAUAUCCAUUUAAGAUUAAAAGAAGGAAAUUCUCCGAAAUUGCUUUUGUUAAGUAUGUAUAUUCAUUUGUCAUUUGAAUUACAUGCUUGGUCUAAACAUUAUGCAAUGAAAAUACAUGACAUUUCAGCAUAAUAUUUUUAAAGGGGGAUAUUUAUUAGGAAAAAUCAAUAGAAAAAGUUGCAUAAAACUUCUGUGGUCUUUCCUCAAAUAUUGCUGUAUUUUUUUUUAAAUUAAAUUAUCUGUAUUUCCAUGUAUAAGCCGAGAAUUGUUUUGGUUUUGAAGUUUAGCUUAUAUGAAAGAUUAGAGUGAUUUAUAAAGAUUCAAAGUGACUGACUUUCUUUGCAAAAAUGAAUAAUUGAAGAAAUGUUAAUAACUUAAAUUAAUUUUAUGAAUAUAUUUUAAAAUUUAACUCUAAUGGACACUGCGCAAAAAAAAAAAAAAAAAGUUCUAUAUCUCCUGUUCUACUGGGCUGAUUGACGAAAUUCAAAUGACAUUUUUCAUGACUUAAAAGCACUACUUAUGAUAUAUAUUGGAUUUAUAUAUAGCAUUAUUCUAACAUAGGUAUUUUGACACAAUAUCAGUAUUUUUCUGAAAUAACAUGCCAAUUUUUUUUGCAUAUUUCGAUUCUACGACUCAAAUAAUGCAUAAAUAUUAAAUUUUGUAAAAUAUGGUGCUAAAUUUACGGAGAAAUUCAAAAAUUUAUCUUAGUGCUAUCUUUUCUGUUUGCAUCAAGACUAGUUCACUUGGCGAACUUCUUAAUAAAUGGCAACCUAAUUUCAUUUCCCUUUUUACAUUGUGUGUGAGCGGAAAAAAAGUUACAUUGUUCUUUCUUUCAAGUAAUGUUCUUUAUAUUAUAUUUUUAAUUAUAAUUGUUAUUAUUUUUAAUAUUUUUUUCUUUUUCGAAUUUC